CAAACCACACGAAUAAUGCGUCGCAAAUCAACAUACUGCAAGCUUCGUUUCUUCGGCAUGCCACGCAUUUUAAUUUCCUCCAUCUGCUACUAUUUUCAUAUGUUACGCACGAAUUAACCGCAUCUAGUCUCCAUUUUCAUUGUACAGCUUUUACCAAUAAUAGGAACCAUCGUGUACUCCUGCUACUGAUAGGAACUGAUAAGGGCCAAGAAUCGUGUACUGCUGCUACUACAAUCUUAGCACGACCUAAUUUCCCAACCCAAAUUAAAGGUGAUAGCCAUUCGGGUAGAGCAUGGAAUACCAAAAAUAAUUUGAGUUCACAAAAUAUGGGAUUGGAAGUAUGGUGGCAACUAUCUCCCAUUUUGAUGUACUCAUACCUCAAUCUCACCAUUUCAACUUUAGUCAGCAUCACUUGUUACAUAAACAUCGUAGGUUUCUCUCUCUUUCUCACAAUACUAAUUAUGCUUCUAUCUCCUGCAAUUCCUGUUGCGCAAACCUUUAUUGUACAUCACAAAAUCAGUCUUUUCACAAUCUCCCAAUUAAAUGUAGUUUUACUCAAAAUAAAGGUAUAACUAAUGAAUCAUCUGUUGACGACUUGAUUAAAGAGCUUACUUCCAAGGGUUUUUGCGAUGAUGCAGUCAAGCUUUACAUAAGCAUGUUGGAUGAUGGUUCAUUCCCAAAUUUUUUUCAUUCCUUCCCCAUUUUACUUAAGGCUAUCGGUGGUCUUUGUGAUUUCAAAUUAACUAGUCAAAUUCAUGGGCAUUUGUUGAAGUUGGCAGUGAUCAAGUAUAUAUCUGUAGCAAAUUCUCUUUUAAGUACUUUUUGGAAAUGUGGUGCACAUGAUUAUGCAAUAUGGAUGUUCAAGACAAUGCAGGAGAAGGAUUCAGUUUCAUGGAGCACUAUGAUCAAUGGUUUUCAACAAUCAAGGUUGUAUAUUAGGUCAUUGGAGUGGUUUACACUCAUGAUUUGUGAAUUCGGAAUACAUCCAAAUAGGGUAGCUUGCGUUUCAGCACUUUUGUCAUGCGCUUCAAUCAAGUCUCCAAUGCAUGGGAAAGAGCUUCAUGCAUUUUUGAUAAAAAAUGGUUUGGAUACCGAUGAGUUUGUCUUAAGUGGGUUGCUCGAGUUUUAUAUGAAAUGUGGUUUUGUGAAGUAUGCGAAACAACUUUUUAAGAGCGUUGCUGCUGAUGCAAGAGAAAAUUACGUGUUGUGGAAUGUUAUGAUUUUGGGAUAUGUCGAAAACGAGUGUUACUCGCAGGCACUAUUUUCUUUCAUUGAAAUGAUGAUAUCAGGAGUAAAACCCGAUUCUUCCACUAUGGUGGCUGUCCUUGUCUUGUGUUCGGAGUCGUUGAAUUUAGCCUUGGGACAGCAAAUUCAUGCUCUAAUUAUCAAAGAUGGUUUGGAUAUAGACGUUAGAGUUAGAACCUCGCUUAUAGACAUGUACUUUAACUGUGUCCUUCCUGAUUUUGGCUUAAAAUUAUUCAACGGCUUCCAUAACCACAAUUUAGUCAUGUGGGGUACUGUAAUAACACAUUGUGCUCGAUUUGGUUAUUCUCGGAAAGCUUUGGAUCUGUUUGUUGCUGGCUUGAAUCAUGGAUAUGUUGAUUCUGUUAUAUUAUUAGCUGCAUUUCGAGCAUGUUCAUCUCUAGAACUUGAAGCUGAAGGCAGGUUUGUUCAUGGAAUUACAGUUAAGUUGGGGUUGGACCUUGAUACAUUUAUCUGUAGCGCCUUAGUUGAUAUGUAUAUGAAAUGCCGAGACAUAUCAUCGGCUAAAACUGCAUUUUCGAGGUUACCUAUGAAAGAUGAAGUAUCUUGGAGCUGUUUGAUAUCCGGGUAUGCUCAUAAUGAAUCCUGGGAUGAUGCUGUAAGUGCAUUUUUGGAGAUGCAGAGUCGUCAAAUCAGGCCCAAUGCAGUCAUAAUCUCGUGUCUCCUAUCGAUUUGUGCACGUAUAUAUUCAAAUUUACAGUGUAAAGAAAUUCAUGGCUAUAUGAUACGGAAUGGAUUCGACACAAAUACGCUUGUGAAUAAUUCCCUUGUAGCAUCAUAUGCAAAAUGUGGAAACAUGAAAAGUUCACGGAUAGUCUUUUCGCGCAUGCAGGAGAAAGACGCAGUUUCAUGGAACUCAAUGAUGUUGGUAUUGGGUUUACAUGGUCAUGUCGAUGAAUUGCUCGAUUUGUUCGAUAAGAUGAAAAAGAUUGGUUUGAGACCUGACCGCAAAACAUUUACCGCAAUUCUAUCUGCUUGUAGUCAUACCGGAAGAAUUGCUGAAGGCCUCAAGUAUUUUAGAAGUAUGACAGAAGAAUACAUGCUUGAACCCGAACUUGAGCAAUAUACUUGUUUGGUCGACCUUUUAGGUCGUGCUGGCUAUGUAGACCAAGCAUACGACCUGAUUACUACUAUGCCCCACACACCGGAUGAUCGUAUUUGGGGAUCAUUGCUCGGAUCUUGUCGAAUCCAUGGUGAUGAGCGUUUAGCAGAGGUUGUGGCGAAUCACAUUUUCGAGUUGAACCCUGAUAGCAUUGGGUAUCGUGUACUUCUUGCGAAUAUGUAUGAGGAUUCGAAAAAAUGGAAUGAUGUGACGGAACAUAGAGCCAAAAUCCAAGAUAUGGGACUGAAGAAAAGUCCUGGGUGUAGCUGGAUUGAUGUUAAUAAUCAGAUUCAUGUGUUUACUGCAAGUGAUCGAACACACCAUCAAGUAGAACAUAUAUAUGUCACGCUUAAAUUUUUGACCACAGAGAUGUUAGAAAAUGGAUAUGUCCGCAAUUGUAGUUUAUGUAAAAGUUAACAAUUUUUACUCCAUUUGAAAAAAAUUUGGAUUUGAAUCAUCAAGUAAAGGACAUCUCUCUCAAGUAUUAAUUUCCUUUUUUUUUUAUGGGGUUUUCUUCUAAAUUUUUUUUCCAUAAUCAUUUCCUAUGUGGUGAGUAUAAUUUAAAGAGGAGUUAAUAAAUUAUAAUUGUAGAUUUUAAUUUACAAAGGCUAAGUUGUGACAUGGACAUAAGUAAAGGCGAUAGGGUGAGUAAGAUCGAGCCCCACAAAAACAUGUGAAGCAAUGCAGUGGCCGAAAAGAGAAAUACCAAGCUGAAUACAUCUGAUAUAACUGAGUUUUUUUUUAUUAAGUGUUUUCUUGUUUAAGAAUGUAGUAAUGGUUUAUUUGUUGUUACUAAUAGCUAGAAAAUCAUAACUUAGUUAAAACAAUCAGCAGAACACUUGCACAAAAUGAUGAAGUAGAGAGCUUGGUCAAGUGAAGACUAAUAUUACUUCAAGAUUCGGAGUAAAUAUGAUAUUUUCCUCUUUUAAA